GACAACACAGGAGAAUUAAAAUCAUAAAUAAUCGAAAAGAAUUAAAACAAAUUUUUUUUUGCGUUCAUUGUUUGCCAUCGGCACGUGCUAGACAACAUGCGAUGUAAAUAAAUCUUGUUAUGUUGUGGUUUCUUGUAUUGAGUGUCAGUUUUGUGGAAUAAAGUUGACAAAAUCAGAUUAGUUGUGGAUUAACUACCAAAAAUUGUGAUUUAUGAAAUAAUUUGCUAAACUGUGCAUAAAAAAUUAUCGAAAAAAAAGUUGAAUAACUUUCAAUUUGUACUAGUCAAAAAAAAACUUAAAUUAGCAGCAAUUAGCACUGAUUUUUGUCACUAAAUCCUGAAAGGUGUUUAACAAAAAAUUGCGUAUUAGCCAUGCAUUUUACACGGUCGUCCUCCUUAACAACGUUAAUUUUACUGCCAACAAUAUUUACAUUUAGAAUUAUCGCCGCUUUGAACAUUUUUUGUGACUACUCAAUGCAAAAUUUUACUUUGUUGACCAAAAAUUCAAUUUAUACAUGCACUGUUGUGGAUAUCAAGCCAGUCACUGAAUCAAGACUAGAGAUAAUUAAUGUUUUUGGAGAGCAUUCAAACAACAGCAAGGACGAGAAUGUUCACAGCAUUAAAAUUGAAGGAAAACCUGUGAAAUUCUUCCCAAAAAAAUUGGAAAGUUUUUUCUCAUUUUUGAGCAUAAUUUCGGUAGUUUCGUCCAACUUGACAGCCAUUAGGCAGGAAAACUUGACACCGUUCACAAAUUUAAGGCUGCUUGAUCUUCAUGAUAAUUUGCUUGACUACCUGCCAAGGGACCUGUUCGUCUACAAUCCAAAUUUAGAAGUUAUCAAUUUGAGCCGUAAUCGAAUCUCAAAUAUCGAUCCAGACAUCUUUGACUAUCUGAACAACCUUAAAUAUCUAAAUUUAGAGAACAAUGAGUGCAUUUCGGACAUGGAAAAUGACACAAAUGGAGUUAAAGCUAUGAUUAAUGAAAUCAAGGAAAAAUGCAACAAUUGCGACUUUGAGCUGCAAAAGAAUCUCGAAAGAUCAAUUGACAGUCUUAAGAGUUCCUAUAUUUUACAAGUUGAUGACUUUAGAGCUGAAAUUGACAUGCUGAGAGCUCAGAACUUUGAAAUCACAAAACGAGCUCAACUUUUGAAUGAAAACUUGUCAAAACAAAAUGAAAAAUUGACAAUUAAGCUUGCAGAACGGAAAGUGACCUCAAAUCGAAGGAUUUUCUUGCUGACAAUCAUGCUAGUCAUCAUGUGCUCGCUGCUGAUCAUCUUUACAAUAGUUAUCAUUUAUUUCAUAUUAAAUAAUAGAUGUACUAAGAGUAAGGAGCUGAGAACACCAGAAAUUGUUGAAUAUUUACCAAGAAUUGAGGAUAACAUCAUUGUGAAGAGAAGUCACAGGCAGAAUAGGCUGAGCGAGAAUCUGUACGAGGAUAUCAAUGGGAGUGUUUAUGUUAUCGAGUCAGCUUACGACCGGCUGCAAUAUUUUUGAAGAAAAAUCUGUAAAAAAAAAAAUAAAACGUGAACAAUAAAGUUAAAAAGC